UUAAAACUAGUUUAUGUCGACAGUUCAAUCACGCCCCUUUACUCUUACAACAUAACACGCUCUUUCUUCAUUCUCAGGUAACAACAACUACCCCACCAAACUACUCAUAAUUCAAUUCAAAAUCAAGAAAAUCUUCAAAAUUUUCCAUUCAAACUCUUCACAUUUUCUCACACUUUCUCGGGAAAAUUCUUCUCUCACUAAUUCCUUCUCCCUUCUCGAUCUCUUCUCUUCCAAACACCGACUUCAUUUCACAAUCUGCUGAAGCUUGAUUGCUCGUUAAUCGGAUGGAGAAGAACGAUGUGUGCACAUCGGAAUCUUUCGAUGGAAGCCGUGAUGUUUGGAGUUCAAAAUCCUCUGAUUCUUCAUCCGCCGACCAUCUUGUUGUCAUGGUCAAUGGAAUUCUCGGAAGUUCAACGGAUUGGAAAUUUGCGUCAGAGCAAUUUGUUAAAGAGCUUCCUGAUAAGGUUUUUGUUCACUGUAGCGAACGAAAUGUGUCUAAGCAUACAUUAGAUGGUGUGGACGUAAUGGGCGAGCGAUUGGCAGAGGAGGUCAUUGAGGUGAUUCGAAGAAAACCAAAUAUGCGUAAAGUCUCAUUUAUUUCACAUUCAGUUGGAGGAUUAGUGGCACGAUAUGCUAUUGGGAAGCUGUAUAGGCCACCUGGAAACGAACCUAUUCAGGAUUCAGGCAAUAAAGAAAGUAAGGUGGACUCAAUAGGUACAAUAUGCGGCCUGGAGGCAAUGAAUUUCGUAACUGUUGCUACACCUCAUCUUGGGUCAAGGGGCAAUAAGCAGGUUCCAUUUCUUUUUGGGGUAACUGCAUUUGAGAAACUUGCAAGUGUUGUUAUUCAUUGGAUAUUUAGAAGAACGGGCCGGCAUCUUUUCCUUACCGAUGACGAUGAAGGAAAACCUCCAUUGCUCAAACGCAUGAUUGAAGACUAUGAUGGAUAUUAUUUCAUGUCUGCAUUGCGCACUUUCAAACGACGGGUUAUAUAUUCAAAUGUGGGCUAUGACCAUAUCGUUGGCUGGAGAACAUCAUCCAUUAGACGUAAUAAUGAACUUCCAAAGUGGGAGGAUACCCUCAAUGAAAAAUAUCCACAUGUUGUAUAUGAAGAGCUUUGCAAGGCUUGUGAUGCUGAGCAGUGUGACUUAUUGAAAGAUAAUGGCUCUGACAAGAUAGAAGAGGAGCUGGUAACAGGUCUGUCUUCUGUGUCAUGGGAAAAAGUAGAUGUUAGCUUCCAUAGUAGCAGACAGAGAUUUGCUGCUCAUAGUGUAAUUCAGGUCAAAGACCAAAUCUCACAUAUAGAAGGUGCAGAUGUUAUACUUCAUAUCAUUGACCAUUUUCUGACAUAGAUGAUGUUUGUCUCAAGAGUUGUAUAGAUAUCGCUUAGCAAUAUAAGCUUUGCAAAGGAUGGAAACAACUGGUUUCCUGAGUAACAAAAUUCUCCAUUAGUUGAGGUGAAGAAUUGUAAUUUUGUUUGUCGAUGAUCCUUGACAAUGUAUUAUGUAUGUAUGUGUAUGAUAUGUAGAUCAGGUGUAUUUCCCCCCUUCCAUUAAAGCAAUUGAAUCAGCACAUUUUAUCAUUGAUGAUGAAAUCUCUUAUUUUGAUGUAAUCUAAUUGGCAUCAAUAUUAUCAUAAUGUGGCUCAGAAUUAAAGAAAUUUAUCAAGGAAUUGAACCACUUUCCUCAGAA